UGUGACGUCACUCCAGGGCGCGCGAUUCGAAUUCCGGCGGCCGCCAUUAUGCCGCGGCCUAAACCGCACUCCCCGCGGCGCCGGAGCCGCCCCCCCACAGCUCCCCCCCCGACCCCCCGGAGACCCCGCGUCCGCCGGUAUCGGCCCGGUCAGAGAGCGCUGAAGGAGAUCCGCCGCUAUCAGAGCAGCACCGCGUUGCUGCUGCGCCGACGGCCCUUCGCUCGUGUGGUACGGGAGAUCUGCCUACUCUUCACACGGGGCGUGGACUACAAGUGGCAGGCUAUGGCCCUAUUGGCCCUACAGGAGGCAGCAGAGGCGUUCCUGGUGCAUCUGCUGGAGGACGCCUACCUGUGUUCACUGCACGCUCGGCGAGUCACUCUGUUUCCCAAAGACUUGCAGCUGGCACGGCGCCUACGGGGGCUGCAGGGGGAGGGCUUCUGAGCAGUCCCCCCCCCCCGUAAUAAAUACCCCCUCCCCUA